AUGCAGAGCCAACCAUCCCCCUCCCAGCCAGUCGUCAUCGUCGGCGCCGGUCUCGCCGGCCUGGUGGCAGCGUAUGAACUGACACGCAGCCAUGUGCCCGUAACGCUGGUCGACCAGGAAAACGAACACAACCUGGGCGGCCAAGCCUUCUGGUCGUUAGGGGGCAUCUUCUGCGUCGACUCCGCCACGCAGCGCAGGUACGGCAUCCGAGACAGCCACGCACUGGCGCUGGCGGACUGGAUGAACACGGCGCGGUUCGACCGGGUUCCAGGUCAAGACCAAGACCAAGGCCAGCCCGCGGGGCCGGGGGAUGAUCAAGACCUCUGGGCGCGGCGAUGGGCCGAAGCGUUCGUCGACUUUGCCACGCACAAGAUGGAGCACUAUCUCAAGGACCGAGGAGUCAAGGUUUUGACCGUGGGUUGGGCGGAGCGCGGCGCCGGCCGGGCCGAUGGCCAUGGAAAUUCAGUGCCGCGGUUCCAUCUGACCUGGGGGACGGGCCCGGAGAUUGUGGGAGCGUUCGCAGAGCCUGUGAUGCGCGCGGCGGAGACGGAGACGGAGACAGAGACGUCGGAGCCCUCACACAAGGGAAAGCAGCAACAGCAGCAGCAACAGCAACAAGCACAGUCUCAACCGUUGGUCAACUUCAAGUUCCGGCACCGCGUCGAUGAGCUGAUUCUGGACGAGCACACGGGUGCGACGGUUGGAGUGCGUGGCGCGAUCCUCGAGCCCACGGACUCUGCCCGGGGCGUGGCGUCAUCCCGGUCGUCUGUAGGCUCGUUCGAGCUACGCGGCCGAGCGGUGGUGAUCGCGACCGGCGGGAUCGGAGGCAACAUCGAAGCGGUCAAGCGCAACUGGCCGGUGGAGCGACUAGGGCCUCAGAUCCCGCGGUCGUUUGUGGUCGGGGUGCCUGCGCACGUCGACGGGCGCAUGCUGGGCAUCGCCGAGGCCGCCGGGGCGCGGCUGACCAACAUGGACCGCAUGUGGCACUACACCGAGGGCCUGGCGAACUGGAACGCCAUCUGGCCGGCGCACGGGAUCCGCGUGAUCCCCGGCCCGUCGUCGCUGUGGCUGGACGCCACGGGCAAGCGACUGCCGCCGUUCCUCUAUCCCGGCAGCGACACGCUCGCGACGCUGCAGCACAUCUGCGCCACGGGCCACGACUAUUCGUGGUUCGUGCUGAACCGCACCAUCGUCAGCCGCGAGUUCGCCCUGUCCGGGUCGGAGCAGAACCCGGACAUCACGGGCAAGAGCUACGUCCAGGCGUUCCUGCAGCGCGUCUGGUCGCGGCACGGCACGCACGCGGUGCAGGACUUCCUGGAGCACGGCGAGGAUUUCGUCGUCGAGCCCGACCUGCCUGCGCUGGUCCGCGGCAUGAACCGCCUGGCGCGCCAGAGGGGCGGGCCGGUGCUCGACCACGACGCCCUCCUCGCCGAGAUCCAGGCCCGCGACAUGCAGAUGGACAACCCGUACGCAAAGGAUGCUCAGGCCAUGCUGAUCGCCAACGCGCGCAAGUACUGGCCGGAGCACAUUCGCGUCGCGAAGCCACACUGCAUCCUCGACCCGCGCGCAGGGCCCUUGAUCGCCGUCCGCAUGAAUCUGCUCACCCGCAAAAGCUUGGGCGGCCUGCAGACCGACCUGGACGGCAAUGUUCUGCGUCUCGACCGUCAGCCCUUUCCCGGUCUCUAUGCCGCCGGAGAGGCCGCCGGCUUUGGCGGAGGCGGCAUGCAUGGUUACGCUUCGCUCGAGGGCACUUUUCUGGGUGGCUGUGUUUUCUCAGGCCGUGUGGUUGGGAGGGCGAUCGCGAGAUCCGUCGCUGGCGUUGCUGCAGAGUCUCGGCUUUAA